UAUCAGUAGCGCUCAGUUGCUCAGUGGCGCUCAGUGGGCUCAGUAGUAAUCGGCUAUUCGACGAAAGACGUGUGCGCCAAAUUUGCUCUGUGAUCCUCAUAUACGUAAGGACUGUGCUACAUUUUCUUGUUAACUGAAAUACCUAAUUGGAGACGAUGUCUGAAGAAGGACUUGAAUAUGAUGCUAUAAUUCAAGAUGGACCAAAAAAGGCUAACAUGACAACAAGUAUAGACCGGGAUAAGAUCAGAGAAGCUUAUGAGGACGUCCGUUCAGAUAACUCCGAAACAGAAUGGGCUGUAUUCAAGUUUGAAGGUACACAUAUUGUCUGCUCUGCAAAGGGUACACAGUUUGAGAAAUUCCGUGAACAGUUUGCUGAUGAUGAGAGAGCCUUUGGGUACAUCAGACUUCAGAUGGGUGAUGAGAUGAGCAAGCGACAGAAGUUUCUUUUUCUGACCUGGGUGGGCCCAUCAGUAGGCGUCAUCAAGAGAGCCAAGAUGAGCACNAUAUGUCUUUGGUUGAUGAGUAAUUUUGCUGUGGAGCUACAACUGGAAAACGUGAAUGAAUUUGAAAUUGAUCAUUUCCGUGAGCAACUUCUGCGUGCUGGUGGAGCUAACUAUGGGACUGGUUUGCGUGAUGUUUAGCAGGUUCAGUAGUGUGUGACAAGUGAAGAAACACUUUAACAUUCUUGUAACAUUCUUGUACCAGUGAAUCUGAUUUACCAGCGGUGAUCACACGUCUUGUUUAGGUUGUAUGACAUGAAAUUAUUUGUAAUCUUCCUAAGUAUUUUAGUGGCGGCACUAGUCCUGUAAUGUUUAAGUGUAAAUUAAGAAAUGUGUCAUAUAAUAAUUUCAGCAUUUUAAUUUUUCCAAUAUGAUAUAUAAUUCGUUUAUAGAGUGCUGAUUUGCAGUUACAAGAGAGAAAGAUCAAACUCCUGAUAGUAUGGAGAGUUACUGUCAAUUUGAACAGCACAACAUAUGUGCAAGCAGGAUAGGCUUAAAACAGACAUAAAAUAUUUUAUUUACAUGAGUCUUCUUUCCCUUGGUAAUUUCAGUUGUUAUAUAAAAAACUCUGUAGUAGCAGUCAUGUCUCAAUUUAUGUCAAUCAGAAAGAAAUGCUUUGAUUAAAAAAACAAACGUUAAAAGAUAUGGAACAAACUAUAAAAUUGCUCAGUAUAAAAUAUAUAUAUUUACAAUUACAGAAAUGUGGAAACCAGAAUUCUAAUUUUCGUUUUAAAUAAACUGUCUGUAUACAAGCUCACUUAAAUUCGUGAAACCUAACAGAAAAUAUAUCAUGUAAACAGUAUGUACACAUUAACAUUACAAAGAGAUACCUAGAAAUGAUAAUGUUAGAUGGCAAGAGCAAACUUUAAGUUGUUAGUGAAAUUAUACUGAAUAUGUGAAUAAUCCCUCUGAAUACAAACUGAUGGAAUGAAUGUAUGAAUGAAAUAGACUGUUUUAAUUAAAUUCUAUCCAUUAAAAUAAAAA